CACGACAUACAUCGUUGGUACAACACUACCCUAUUAAUAAUUUUAAAAUGGUGAUGAUUUUAUUAUAAAAUACGUUCAUAUUCAUUAACUUCUUAAGCUUAAUUAUUUGGUAAUGUAAAACAGUUAUUAAAUCUUUUAUUUCUCAUGUGUUGACUAUUUAUCAAAGCAAAGUGUAAGUAAUCAACAAUGGCGGUGUUAGCGGCUGCACAGUUAUUGGAUGAAUUGAUGGGACGACACCGCAAUACAAACCCAAAUGAGAAAAUAAAGAAACCAAAUUGGGAGGAUCCUGAAUAUUGCAAAUAUUUCAUGGUGAAAUUUUGCCCACAUGAUUUGUUUGUGAAUACUCGAGCGGACCUGGGCGCUUGUCCAAAAGUUCAUGAUGAUGAGGUCAAAGAACUAUUCCAGAGAGCAGAAACUUCAUACAAAAAGUCUCAAUAUGUUGAAGAAUUUUUACGCUUUUGCAGGCACAUGAUAAGUGAGGUAGAAAGAAAAAUUCAGAAAGGAAAGCAGAGACUAGAGCUUAUGAAUUCAAAACCUGAAGGUCCCCCAAUGACACAGGCUCAAACUGAAAAAAAUCAAGAGCAGGUGAAACUCCUAUCUGAGAAAAUAACAUCUUUGGUGGAGGAAGCGGAGGAGGCGGGAACACGGGGCGAUGUGGAGCAGGCGCAAGGCCUCAUGAAGUUGUGUGACCGAUUGAAAGAGGAAAAAGACCAACUUCUCAAACAACAAGAAAACAGUCAUUGGUCAAUGACUGCGGAGCUAGCGGCAGCUCAAGAGAAGCAGAUGGAGGUGUGCCCCGUGUGUGGUGCUUUCUUAAUUGUUGGUGAUGCUCAGCAACGCAUCGAUGACCAUCUCUCCGGGAAGCAGCAUGUUGGGUAUUUCAAGCUUCGUCAAGCGUAUGAAGAGAUGAGUGAGGCUCGGGAGAAGGAGCAGCAGGAGAAAGAGAAGAAGCGGCGCGAGGACAGGGAGCGGGACCGCCAUGCGCGCAGCGGCGGUGGUGGUGGUGGCGGUGGUGGUGGACUCGGCUCCGACCGUCGAGACCGGGAGCGUAUGGAGCGCGACAGAGAACAGCGAGACCGCUCCGACAAGGACAGGGAACGAGACCGCGGUGACCGGGACAAGGAGAGGGAAAAGGAACGACACCGACCCGUCCGUGAGGAGAAGGGCGGCAGACACGAGGAGCGAGAACGGGAUGCCGAGAGACAUCGCGAGCGAGAACGCGAACGCGACAGGGACAAGGACCGCGAGCGGGAGCGAGAACGCGACCGCGAGCGGAAACAUCGCAAGGACAGGCGAUCGCCGCACGAGCGGUCGCGUCGCCGCUCCCGCGAACGCGAACGUCAUUAAUGGACUGAGGUAUCACAAAAGCGCCUGAAACCGGUAAGUAUAUGUUAUCCUGCGCACCCGCUUCUAUAAACACCGUAAAUAUGACCUCAUCAUCCGUAAGCGCGACGCUCAUACUCCACAAUUACAGCUCAAUCAGAGGUACCUAUACCAUUUUUCCUAACAACUAAUCAUACAACGACGAACAUUACCCUUUUCUACCAAAAACAAUAUGAAUAAAUAAGUAAUAAAGUGAACACUGUUAUUUUACAGCUGAUAGUAUGAUAUCAAAAUAAAACAUCGGUACAUAUGGCAAUGAUAUGAGGGGUUAUGUUGAACCCGUUACUGUAUUCUGUAGUUGUCGUCACGCCGACGGACUUGGCAGGUAUUUUAAUUGGUAUUUUGAACAGCUGCUUUGGGCUGAGCGUUGGAAAAUUUUGUUGGUAAAUCUCGCGCGCGUUCGCAUUUUGCGUUGAAAUGCGAGCGCGCUCGGGCUCCCGACACAACUCGGAUGUGUUCCCGCGUCUCCGCGUCAAUUAGAGGUAUUCUUAUUAUAAAUCUCUUGCGUCUUCAAAUAACGAGUUGUCCAGCGACCGCCCGGAUAAUGCGAUGUCAGGUAUUUGUUAGGAUUUGUUUCGCUCCACGGUGUUAGGGAGAAUUGAACAAGUUCUGCACUUAGUACAAACAUGAUAGUUGAACUGUGAUCAAGUACAAAGUUAUUUGGUCAGCCGCUUUGUCUGUACAUUGCCAUAGUUGUCAUGUCACGGGACGUGUGACGUGACGCGUCUCAUACGCUCCUCGUCUAAAUAUCGGAUGCUGUUUUCCUAUCAUCUGUAUAUUUGCAGGUACCCACAUAAUAUAUAUAGCAACAAGUUUUGUGCAGUUUUGUAUAUUUGUUUUUUUUUAUAUUUACAAUAACUUGGUGCUAUGUUGUGAAAUAAAUACCCCAAAUAUUUUUGGAACACAUGUCUGACAAUGAUUGUGAUAUUUUCAAUUUAAAAGUUAAUUAUGACUAAUAGAAUUAUUGUCGCAUGUGAAUUCAAAAUUAACAUUUACCCACGCUAGUUUCUAGCUUUUCGAUGGACUUUUCAGUUGGAAAACCGCAGAAGAACUAGGAAGAAACUUGGAUGGCCGUCACCAAUGAGGUACUUUUGAAAUUAAAUCACAUGUGAAGCUGAAGAUGGCGACGGUAGAAAUUUCCAGAAAAUCUCCAGCGACGGUUUCGAGGUGACAUAACAUAGUCGCGGUAUUAAGAAGGUUAAACUAGAAAAAAAUAAUUGGUCAAUGCAUGUAUUUUAUAAGCUAGAUACGAACUUGUUAUUUUAUCGCCUAAAAAUGUUUGUAAGUUGUAGCUACCUCUACCAACUUAUCCCUAGGGAGGUUAAAUUCUGUAUACCAGAGUCCAAUGAGGAGUGAUUCAGGUAUUUAUCUUUUUUCUUACACUUAUGAAAUGUUAUAAUAAAUUUUGACUAUGAAUAGAAUGUGUGAGCCAUCCAU